AUGGCCGAGGCAAAGUGUCCCGUCCAUGGCGAGAUGAACACGGGCGGCGGCGGCACGAGGAACCGCGACUGGUGGCCCGACUCGGUCAAGCUCAACAUCCUCCGACAGCACACCGACGUCACCAACCCCCUCGGGGCCGAGUUUGACUAUGCCGCCGCCUUCAAGACGCUCGACUACGAAGGCCUCAAGAAGGACCUCCACGCCCUCAUGACCGACUCCCAGGAUUGGUGGCCGGCCGACUUCGGCCACUACGGCGGCCUCUUCGUCCGCAUGGCCUGGCACAGCGCCGGCACCUAUCGCGUCUUUGACGGCCGCGGCGGCGGUGGACAGGGCCAGCAACGCUUCGCUCCCCUCAACAGCUGGCCCGACAACGUCAGCCUCGACAAGGCUCGUCGCCUGCUGUGGCCCAUCAAGCAAAAGUACGGCAACAAGAUCUCGUGGGCCGACCUCAUCAUCCUCACGGGCAACGUGGCGCUCGAGUCGAUGGGCUUCAAGACGUACGGCUUCGCCGGCGGCCGGCCCGACGCCUGGGAGGCCGACGAGUCCGUCUACUGGGGCGGCGAGAAGACGUGGCUCGGCAACGACGUCCGUUACGCUCACGGCCACAAGGGGUCCAAGGGUCACGGCGUCGUCGACUGCGACGAGAAAAGGGCAAAGGACAUCCACUCGCGCGAGCUCGAGGAUCCCCUCGCCGCCGCCCACAUGGGCCUCAUCUACGUCAACCCCGAGGGUCCCGACGGCAACCCGGAUCCCGUCGCCGCCGCCCGCGACAUCCGGACGACCUUUGGCCGCAUGGCCAUGAACGACGAGGAGACGGUCGCCCUCAUCGCCGGCGGCCACUCCUUCGGCAAGACGCACGGCGCCGCGCCGGCGAGCAACGUCGGCAAGGAGCCCGAGGCGGCCGCCAUGGAGAGCCAGGGCUUCGGCUGGAGCAACGGCCACCGGUCCGGCAAGGGUCCCGACACCAUCACGAGCGGCCUCGAGGUCACGUGGACCAAGACGCCGACGAGGUGGAGCAACGACUACCUCGAGUACCUCUUCAAGUUUGACUGGGAGCUGACCAAGAGCCCGGCCGGCGCCAACCAGUGGGUGGCCAAGAACGCCGAGCCGACCAUCCCCGACGCCUACGACGCCACCAAGAAGCACCUCCCGACGAUGCUGACGACGGAUCUCUCGCUCCGCUUCGACCCGGCCUACGAGAAGAUCGCGCGAGGCUUCCUCGAGAACCCGGACAAGUUCGCCGAGGCCUUCGCCAAGGCCUGGUUCAAGCUGACGCACCGCGACAUGGGCCCCCGCGUCCGCUACGUCGGGCCCGAGGUGCCCUCUGAGGACUUCAUCUGGCAGGAUCCCAUCCCGGCCGUCAACCACGCCGUCGUCGACGACCGCGACGUCGCCGCCCUCAAGAAGGAGAUCCUGCAGUCGGCCGUGAACCCGUCGAAGCUGAUCUCGACGGCCUGGGCCUCGGCCUCGACCUUCCGCGGCAGUGACAAGCGCGGCGGCGCCAACGGCGGCCGCAUCCGGCUCGCGCCCCAGAAGGACUGGAAGGUCAACAACCCGGCCCAGCUCGCCGAGGUCCUGGCCGCGCUCGAGACGGUGCAGCAAAAGUUCAACGGCUCCCAGAGCGGCGGCAAGAAGAUUUCCAUGGCCGACCUCAUCGUCCUCGCCGGUGUCGCCGCCGUCGAGAAGGCGGCGAGGGAUGCCGGCCAUGACGUGACGGUGCCCUUCACGCCCGGCCGCAUGGACGCCUCGCAGCAGCAGACGGACGUCGAGUCGGUCGGCCACCUCGAGCCGCACGCCGACGGCUUCCGGAGCUACGGCAAGUCGACGCCGUGGGUCAAGCUCGAGAACUUCCUCAUCGACCGCGCCCAGCUGCUCACCCUCUCGGCGCCCGAGCUCACCGUCCUCGUCGGCGGCCUGCGCGUCCUGAACGCCAACUACGACGGCUCGUCCCACGGCGUCCUGACCGACCGGCCGGGCGCCCUGACCAACGACUUUUUCGUCAACCUCCUGGACAUGGGCACCGCCUGGAAGGCGACGAGCGCCGACGCCGACGUCUUCGAGGGCACCGACCGCAAGACGGGAGCCAAGAAGUGGACGGCGACGCGCGCCGAUCUCGUCUUCGGCUCCCAGGCCGAGCUGCGCGCCGUCGCCGAGGUCUACGGCAGCGCCGACGGCGGCGAGAAGUUUGCCAAGGACUUUGUCAACGCGUGGAACAAGGUCAUGAACCUCGACCGAUUCGACCUGCGCAAGGAGACGGGGCUCAAGGCCAGCCGGCUGUAG